CUUCUUUCCUACUCUCUGGAUAUCCUCUUUUAUAGCACUCUAUUCUUUCACAGGUGCCAUAUUUUCUUAUAGCUACCUGAGCAUGUUCAUUUUAAUUAUGAUAGAGGCUUUUUUCCUUCUCUUUUUUUUAGGUUUUCCUUGUUCCACGCAUGGUUCCUAUUUCCUCUGUGUUCCUAUUGUCUAUUUGUUUAUUUCAGUGUUUCUCUUUCAUGUGAGGGCCUGUUUCAAAUAUCUGGUGAUCCUUGGCCAUCUGUUCACGUUUUACAGUGAGCCUCAGAAAAGCUAAUUGGACACCUGGGGGUGGAGGGCGAUGUCAGGCGUGUUGACUGAUGGGACUCUCAACUAUCAAUAUCUUUAGGUCAUUUCUCUUGAACUCCUCAGUGUCCCUAGAAAGGAACCCUCCAACCUCCUGCUACAGGGAGUUCAGUCGGGCAGUCAGCCUUUAGGAGAGCAGCAGGGAAGAGAGCAGCAGGAGAGUUCCACCCCCACCUUCAUCUGUGCCUAUGUCCCUUGUCCACAGCCUGUGACACCAACCUUUCUGAAAGACUUGGACAAUUCACCUGGCUAUUCAAGGUGGGGGGGGGCAGAUAUUGGGGGUCUAAUUCCCUAUUUUAUAAACUUUCAAACAGUCCUGUUUUGAUCCUACCUGUACCUUCACCUUCAGAGGAUCCCAGUGUCUCUGAUUCCUGAGCUUUUUGAGGUUACAAAGGACUUCAUCACCCAGCCUUAUGACACUCCCUUUGCAGGCACUUAACAUUGCCCAGGAAGCAGAAACCAAAGCAGUUAUCGCUCCUCCACCUGCUUUUCCAUCUUCCAGUGUGUGACAUCCCUUGUCUUCUAUUCCUCUUUUCCUUGUAGGUUUAUACCUGUACCCCUUUAACUCUCAUGUCAGUUGGGUUUGGGAAAGAAGCUGAGCAAAGUGCACAUCUCCACACCAGCAUGUUUACUCAGCCUCCUUCCUUGUGUCUCCUCAGCGCUUUACUGUGUACCCAUGUGAGAGUACUUAGUGCCUUGUACUUAGCUGUUUUCUUGGCUCUCUCUGCAGUAGACUAGGAAGACAGGAAUCAAGUCAAAUCACCCCUAGUGUCUAAUACAGCACCUCGUAUACAAUAGUCAGUUUCUAAAUGGUGCUGAAUAACUGGAUGAGCAAGUUGGCCUCCAUCUCCCAUCUCCCAUCUCUAAGAGGAGGGCUUUGGAGCCCUGGUGUCCAGCUGGCUGAAAUUCUUCUGGGAAGUUGGGUGGUCCCUGGAGCCACAACAGCUGUGCCAUUCCCAGGAAAGUUUGGUAUCUCUGGAGCACCACCAUACAUGUCUUCCCACCUCUGUUUCAGGGAGCAGUGUGUGCCCAGCCCUGCCCACCAGGAACAUUUGGCCAGAACUGCAGCCAGGACUGUCCUUGCCACCAUGGAGGGCAGUGUGACCACGUGACUGGACAGUGCCACUGUACAGCUGGAUACAUGGGGGACAGGUGCCAAGAGGAGUGCCCCUUCGGGACCUUCGGCUUCCAGUGCUCACAGCGUUGUGACUGCCACAAUGGUGGGCAGUGUUCACCCACCACGGGUGCCUGCGAGUGUGAGCCUGGCUACAAGGGCCCGCGCUGCCAGGAACGACUGUGCCCAGAGGGCCUUCAUGGCCCAGGCUGCACCCUGCCCUGCCCCUGUGACGCUGACAACACCAUCAGCUGCCACCCAGUAACCGGAGCUUGUGCCUGCCAGCCAGGCUGGUCUGGCCGCCACUGCAAUGAAUCCUGCCCUGCCGGCUACUAUGGCGAUGGCUGCCAGCAGACUUGCACCUGUCAGAAUGGCGCCGACUGCCACAGCAUCACUGGGGGCUGCACUUGUGCCCCGGGCUUCAUGGGAGAGGUCUGUGCCGUUUCCUGUGCAGCAGGGACCUACGGCCCCAACUGCUCGUCCAUCUGUAGCUGUAACAAUGGUGGCACCUGCUCCCCAGUAGAUGGCUCCUGUACCUGCAAGGAAGGGUGGCAGGGCCUGGACUGCACCCUGCCGUGUCCCAGUGGGACAUGGGGCCUGAACUGCAACGAGAGCUGCACCUGUGCCAACGGGGCAGCCUGCAGCCCCAUAGAUGGCUCCUGUUCCUGCACCCCUGGCUGGCUGGGAGACACCUGUGAGCUGCCUUGCCCGGAUGGCACAUUUGGGCUGAACUGCAGUGAACACUGUGACUGCAGCCAUGCUGAUGGAUGUGACCCUGUCACAGGCCACUGCUGCUGCCUGGCCGGAUGGACAGGUAACCUUCCCUUGCUGUGCCACCACCCAGGCAUCCGCUGUGACAGCACGUGUCCAUCUGGCCGCUGGGGCCCCAACUGCUCUGUCUCCUGCAGCUGUGAGAAUGGAGGCUCCUGCUCCCCAGAGGAUGGGAGCUGCGAGUGUGCCCCUGGCUUCCGAGGACCCUUAUGCCAGAGAAUCUGUGCCCCUGGGUUCUACGGCCACAGCUGCGCCCAGCCAUGCCCCCUCUGCGUGCACAGCAGCGGGCCCUGCCACCAUGUCAGCGGCAUCUGUGAGUGCCUUCCAGGAUUCUCUGGAGCUCUCUGCAACCAAGUGUGUGCUGGAGGACACUUUGGGCAGGACUGUGCCCAGCUUUGCUCCUGUGCCAACAAUGGGACCUGCAGCCCUAUCGAUGGCUCCUGUCAGUGCUUUCCUGGAUGGAUUGGCAAGGACUGCUCACAGGCUUGCCCACCUGGGUUCUGGGGCCCUGCCUGCUUCCACACAUGCAGCUGCCACAACGGGGCGAGCUGCAGCGCCGAGGACGGGGCCUGCCACUGCACCCCUGGCUGGACUGGACUCUUCUGCACACAGCGCUGCCCAGCAGCAUUUUUUGGGAAGGACUGUGGGCGUGUAUGCCAGUGUCAGAAUGGCGCCAGCUGUGACCACAUCAGUGGCAAGUGCACCUGCCGCACAGGCUUCACCGGGCAACACUGUGAGCAGAGAUGUGCUCCAGGAACCUUUGGCUAUGGGUGUCAGCAGCUAUGUGAGUGCAUGAACAACUCCACCUGUGACCAUGUCACCGGCACCUGUUACUGCAGCCCUGGCUUCAAAGGAAUCAGGUGUGACCAAGCUGCCCUCAUGAUGGAGGAGCUGAAUCCCUACACCAAGAUCAGCCCAGCACUGGGUGCAGAACGGCACUCGGUGGGUGCUGUCACAGGCAUCAUGCUCCUGUUAUUCCUCAUUGUGGUGCUGCUGGGCCUAUUUGCCUGGCAUCGGCGGCGGCAGAAAGAGAAGGGCCGAGACCUGGCUCCCCGCGUCUCCUACACACCUGCCAUGAGGAUGACCAGCACCGACUACUCCCUCUCAGAUUUGUCUCAAAGUAGCAGCCAUGCCCACUGCUUUUCCAAUUCCAGCUACCACGCACUGGCAUGUGGGGGGCCUGCCACCAGCCAGGCCAGCACUCUGGACAGGAACAGCCCCACCAAGCUCAGUAACAAGUCCCUUGACAGAGACACAGCAGGCUGGACCCCCUACAGCUAUAUGAACGUGUUAGACUCCCAUUUCCAGAUCAGUGCCCUGGAGGCCAGGUACCCGCCCGAGGACUUCUACAUUGAACUUAGACACCUCAGCCACCCCGCUGAGCCACACUCACCAGGUGCUUGUGGAAUGGAUAGACGUCAGAACACAUACAUUAUGGACAAAGGCUUCAAAGAUUACAUGAAAGAAUCCGUGUGCAGUUCUAGUACUUGUUCCUUGAAUAGCAGUGAAAACCCUUACGCCACAAUUAAGGACCCACCCAUCCUCACCUGCAAGCUUCCAGAAAGCAGCUAUGUAGAAAUGAAGUCGCCUGUGCACAUGGGGUCUCCGUACACAGAUGUGCCAUCCUUGUCGACAUCUAAUAAAAAUAUAUAUGAAGUUGAGCCCACAGUCAGUGUGGUCCAAGAAGGUCGCGGUCAUAACUCCAGCUAUAUCCAGAAUCCAUACGACCUACCUAGGAACAGCCAUAUUCCUGGUCAUUAUGACCUCCUCCCAGUAAGACAGAGCCCUGCCAAUGGGCCGUCCCAGGACAAGCAAUCUUAAGAGGGAUAAGCUUCUCUCUUGCAAUGUGCUCUACUGAAUAUUCUGACUCUCUGAAAGAAGACAAUCCCUUGACUUGAAGUAAUGGUACAGACUGGCUCCAGCUGCAUGUUAGUUAUUACGUUCACCUGGAACUAAAGAAGAGCGUCCAGGUGGGACUGGGAUAAUUGUUCAAGGAAUUGUGUUCUCAAAGGCAAAUCCUAUCACCCACUCAGCCCCAAAUGCCCUGGAUAUGAUUUUUAAAACAUUUUAAGAUAUAACAACUCAUCAACAUCAGCUAAAUAUAGCUGAUACAUAUAUAUUUAUCUGAAACGUGAUAUUUUAAAAACAUGUAGGUUUAACAAACCUUCCUAGGACAAAAAGGAGACUGGGGAGGGAAGAGGAUUACUUUCAAGCACCUAAAACGUAUAGGUACUUUUGGUUGCUGUUAUCAUCAACAUCUGUUUUAUUACUGAAGACAAUUAGUACAUAGACAUGAACUGUUCUUAAAUAGAACAGUCUUAAAAUAUCUGUACAUAUACGUCUGGUCCAUCAAAUUACAACAGCCAAGAUUACAGAAUCUAGUAUAUAGUCUUAUGCUGACAACUUCCAUUUUAAAAAAACAAGACUUUACUUUCUUCUGCCCCGAUAGGUUUAAAUACACACAUACACACAUACACACAGACACAGACACAUAGACACACAUACACACACACACACACGUAUCCAAAGUGCAGCAACAAGUCUGCAACAAGAUUCCUAGGGCAGCUUUAUCAAAUUUUGCCAAUUCAAAGUUUAAGGACAUUACAAGUCAGUGCUGGCUAUGUCAUACCUACUUAGUCCAUUCAACAUCUGAAUCAUUCCAUGUAAAACAGAGCUCUAAGAUGAUCCCAUAAGUAAGCAGUCACAGACUGGUUGGGAUUAAGUAUCCCUAAAGACGGCUAGUUGGCCUCCUCAUUUUAUUUGGUCAGCAUCCCUUGACUCAAAAGAAUACUUGCUUCCAAGUAGUUCUUCAUAAAUCUUGGGAUUGAUGUAGUAUGAAACCUAAAAGUAUACAGGAAAUUGGACAAAUGUGGAUAUAGGAAAUUUACAUUGCUUAAAGUACAUUACGCUUUUUGAUGGAACUAAAUGAAAUGAUCAAAAAAAGAAUGAACUGUAACCAGUUGCUGUAACGUGAUGUAAAAAGUUACUGUAAACAGCAGGGGAUAUGAAGUCCUUCCACCUUCUAUCUUAAAACUACUACUUACUGAGCUAGCCCAAUAUGCAUUACAAUGAGCUAAUGCUCCAGAUCCCAGUAUUCAGAUGUGUCUGUACCUUCCACUAUGAACAUAGAUAAACUGAGGCUCAGAUGAGUCCAAAUGAAGUCAAAUCCCAAGCCCUAAAGAGAACCUUCUCACAAGAAUUAAAAACAAAAAGGGCAAACCUAGGAAGCUAAUGGCUACUCCUGUACCACUCUAUUCACUGGUACAGUCCAGCCAGUAAAAAACACUUCCAAAAAGAUAUACAGAAGAGGAACUAAAUGAUUACAAAGCUGGAAUACUGCUACAGCAAGUAUGAGAGUUCUGAAACCCUUGAUAGAAAUUGGAAGCCUGCCAUGGAACACAAUACUUUGGGCAAUAAUCAGAAAAAGCAAAAAAAUAAAUAAAUGAGUACAUCUCCCCUUCCCACGUCACUCAAGGCAUAAGCAAAUUUUACUGUUAGAGGAAAAUAUAUAAUACUUACAUGAAUGCUGCAUGUGUGCAUGGGAACAACUGAUUAGCAAUAGUAAAUUUACUUUCCAAAAAAGCCUUAUUAAAAUAUAAAUAUUAGAAAAUUACUUUGUAGACCCAAGUAAAUAUUUCUCAUACAUAUGUAGAAAGAAAUAUAAGUAAGCGGCUUACCUCAGUAUUUCAGGGCAGCAAGUGUUUGUGAAGCAAAGAUGAAGAAGCAUGAAGAUGUCAGAUCAGCAAGGAGAAACUUCAACUCAAUCCCAGGUUUUCUCUUCUUCCCUUAUCCUGCAUGUAUAAUAACUGCUGCCUGGCAAACUACAAACAAGCAGCAUCACUCAAGUUUCAAGUUUCGCCUCUUUUGUCAACUAUCCUCUGGGCAAAGGUAUUCAGCAAGAGGUGGAAAGGCUAGGCACUGAAUCAAGAGAUUUCAGUGUUACUCUGGUCAAGUUAGUUGCCCUCUCUGGGCUCCUUUUUUUUCCAUGCAUAAAAAAGGGGAGAAGCAGAGAGUGGGAAGACAGCUCUAAUAACCCUUCAGCUCUAGCAUUCCAUGACUUUUUAAGGAAAUAUAAUACAAGUCAAACCAGGCAAUACAGAGAAGGGAAAGGCAGAAGGUGUGAUUAUGGUGACAAUAGCUGCCUUCACCUAUAGAAGAGUUAUCAGUAAAAGACAUUUCAAUCUUACAAAGCAACUGUUAGAAACUUCUAACACCAUCACAAAUAGGUUCAUGGUCAGCCUAAACAUGUGCACUGUGCAUUUUAUGGGUGACUUUGAAAGAUCUCAAUUAUUUUUCAGAAACUAAAUUUUCAGACAAAUAUGUGUACAAUUAAAAUGAAUGAAAGAAAAACCAUUAUUGUACAGUAGUAUUAAUGAGACUGUGAAAUGGCAAUACUUUUUUAAAUCACAGAUUUGUAAUAUAUAUGUUCACUGUGCAGAGGGAUUGUACCUUGUACAAAAUAAAACAAAUUUCUCAAACUAA